AUGAGCGGCCCAUCAUCCCCGGUGUUGGAAGAUGUCCACCGGUUUCCCUCCGAGUCACUCCAUUCUUUUUCGUUUGCUAAGCAAUCGGAGGAGUUGCUGCACAGCAGGCAGAACAUUCUACAAAAGUCGAUGGACUUUGUGCGGGAUCGUUCUGCCUGGGCCACUAACCCAGCACUUGUAGAUGCACAGGCACGAGUCAGCGGAAAUGCCGAGAUCCAAGGGAUGAUGGACCUGCUCAAGAAAGCAAACAUACUCCCCAUCGAUACAGCCAACAAUACCGCCAGGAGUAUUGGCACGGGGCCGCUCACAGGGCCCGCCCAUCAUGAUGGGCGAAAUGUCUUUGAAAAGAGCUUCAGCCAGGAACUGGAACAGGCAGAGGAGGCCGCAGCAAGGACCCGUACCGAAGAUAUGAAUACAGGGCGAAAGUUUUCGCUGGAUGAGGACGAUCCGUUCCAAGGACCAGAUCUCGAAAUGCGGAUACCGCCCACCCGAGCAGACUCUAUCGAUGGCUCCCGGCGCACCGGCCUUAGGAGGACCUACACGGACGUGAACUCAGUGUCUUUACAACAAAGGCUGAUCGAGGCCCUCGCACAACCGUAUUCCACCGACGACAGUUCGUUUGCAAAUUCGGCGAUCGGCUCUUCCUUGACCAACGUUGGCAACGGCCCGGCUGGUGGUAAAUCUUCUGCCGUUCACGGUCACGGCAAUAAAUGGGAACCCGCCCAUCAAGCUGUCUUUCGCACCGAGGCAGACUCUCCCUGGACAAUCCUAGCGGCCAACGAUCUGGCCUGUCUGAUUUUCGGCGUCACCCGAGCUGAAGUUAGGUCGCUGAGUAUUCUUGCCCUCAUUCAAGAAGAGCGAAGACAUUGGCUGCAGAAAAGACUUGCUCGACCGGGCGAGGCCGUGGAGGAGAAGCCUCGUUCACCGCCCUCGAGCGGCACAAGUAGCACAACGUCAAGCACCGGCAUGUCGUUCAUUGGAUCAAGAACUGGUGGGAUUACCGCUAGGCUGCUUAGCAAGGCUCCCAGUAGGGCUAACACUCAAUCAGACAGAGCAAAGUCGGGUCGUGGCUCUGGUGUGAACAACCGGCCCAAAUCAAAGAAUCAUCCCUCGACCAAAUCCCGCGGGGUCCUCCUCUGCGGGGAUAUUGUCCCUAUACGAAAGCGAGACGGCACGAAAGGAGCGGCGAGUUUCUGGGUGAUGGAAAAGCGUGGUGGCCUGAUCUGGGUCAUCGAAGAGAUCACCGAAGACGUCGCUUAUCUCGAUCUUGACGAGAUGGGUACCGUGAAAAGUGCUCAUGGCGAUUUCACUGCCAUCUGGGGUCGAACCGUUCUCGAUGGUCUCCCGCUCAUGACUCUUCUGCCGAAAUUUCCGUUGGGUGCAUUCAGCGCCUAUGACAAGCAUCACCUAGGAUACUUCACUGCGCAGACGGCGGAUUUUGUCAACGUCCCCACCACCGUGGAAAAGUCUCCCACUGAGAGGCAACUGCGCGUUUCCAGCCUUCCUCACAUUGCCGGAGUCAUGAUUCUGGACCCAAGCACUCUGAAGAUCAGCAGUGCCAAUAGUAUCUUCUCUGCCUCGCUCUUCGGAUAUGAGAAGCCUGACGGUCUACCCUUUACCGACCUGAUACCUACCUUUGGGGAUAUGUUGAAAAUCUUGACAAGUGAAGAUGGCGUUGAUCUUGUUGACGGGAUCGUUGUACCAGAGCACAGCUUCCGCCGAGCACGAGCUCUGCUUGCACUCCGCGAAGGUAAGGAAAGUGCUUCUAACAUCUUCCUGCGGCCCUGCGGACUUCCGGCCAGCCAUCGAGAUGGGUCGGAUAUCAUGGUGGAUGUUCAGAUGCGGGUCAUCCGCAGCGAGACCGUGUACCCUAUGUCGGAUGAGGCCAUUAUCGAAGAGAAAGAUGCGAAGCUUUGCGAGUCAAGUGUGGCUGUGACCGAACUCGUCUAUGCGGUUUGGAUCAUCUAUUCACGCAACAUCCACUCAAGCGGUAUCAGCGCCACUGCAGACGCAGACCACCCGGUGCAAUCGCGUCCUCUUUCACCGGCGUCUCAACCGGAUCCGCCACCCGCACUGCCCUCACCUCCAGCAUCCUCGGACGUGUCGAGGAAGUCUGCUGAAAGCUCUGAACUGUCACUGUCGGCCGACUUCAAUGAGGACAUGGACUCGGUUGCCUUGGAAGAACCACUAGAUCACCCGCCCCCGCAUACUCCAUAUAUACCUCACGAGAAGAAGUCGAUCAGCGAUUUCACCGUUCUUGAAGAAAUGGGGUCAGGCGCGUACGGCCAGGUGAAGCUGGUGCGAUACAAGAAAGCCCCAGCACGCAAAAUGGUGGUGAAGUAUGUCACGAAGAAGCGAAUCCUGGUCGACACCUGGACCAGGGACCGCCGCCUUGGUACGGUGCCAUUGGAGAUCCAUGUGCUCGACUACUUGCGCCGGGAGGGGCUCCGCCAUCCCAACAUCGUGGAGAUGAUCGACUUCUUCGAGGACGAUGUGAACUACUACAUCGAGAUGCUUCCUCAUGGGAUCCCGGGCAUGGACUUGUUCGACUACAUCGAGCUCAGGACCAACAUGACCGAAGCCGAAAGUCGCAACAUCUUCCGCCAGGUGGUUGACGCCAUCCACCAUCUCCACACCAAGGCGUUGGUGGUCCACCGAGACAUCAAAGACGAAAAUGUCGUCCUCGACGGAGAGGGUCGAAUCAAGUUGAUCGACUUUGGCAGUGCGGCCUACAUCAAAAACGGACCAUUCGAGGUGUUUGUAGGCACAAUAGACUAUGCAGCCCCCGAGGUCCUGCAAGGUAAACCAUACGGCGGCAAGGAACAAGACGUAUGGGCGCUGGGGAUUCUGCUAUACACGAUCGCGUACAAAGAAAACCCGUUUUAUAAUUUAGAUGAGAUCCUCGACCACCCGCUACGAGUCCCCUUUCUACCUUACUCGGAAGAUUGCCUAGAGCUCAUCCGCAAGAUGCUAGACCGAGACGUGGAAAAGAGGAUCACGAUUGAGCAAGUGCGGGACCACCCUUGGCUCCAAGAGGACUUUUGA